GGCGUUGCCGGAUGGCCUGGUCAGAAACGUACCUCGUCACGUGACUGCGGCUCAACUCCUUGUUUCCUUUGUCUUGCCUGUUUUCCUCUUGAGCUGAUCAGUGAUCAGACUUCCCUGUGGAAGCUUUCUGGAAGAAUACAGUCUUCUAUGUUGAGUAACUUGUUUUUGCAUUUUUAAAAUUUUGUUUACAUAGAUCUGUGUGUUUCUUUUCCCAUGAUUAUAAUGUGAAGGAUUUCCAUUCUGGCUUCAUCAUGUGCAAAUAGAUGAAUUUGGGUGUUGAUGGAUGGUUUCAUAGAAACAAAGGAAGGAGGUUUUCUUUCUUUUUGCUUUUUUGUUCUGUUCCCCUUUUUCAAAUCUUUCUCCUACCAUUUUGCUCUUUUGUAAUCUUCUUUCCUCAUUCGUUAAAUGACUUUGUGGACUGGGUUUGAGUUUGAGCACUCGGUUGUUGAUCUAUUCAUGACGAAGAAUUCUAUUGGAAUAAGAAUAGAGAGUCUUCUCACAUAGCGGCAAAUUUUAAAUAAUCUUUAUUUUCCCCUUUUGGGCUGGAGUCUCUCUUGGUUUCAUUUUUGAUAAUUGUGUAUUUCACGUGAAUUGGGCAAUUUGGUGCUGUUGGACGUAUUCAUGGUUCAAAACAAAGAACCUACUAUAAGUGGCAACAAAAGGGGAAAAAGAAGGGGAAGAAGGCAAAGAGAGCUCUCUUGGAAUCUUCCAGUUAUUAUCUCUCCUCUAGCCUGCCUAUCCAUAGCUUUUGUGAACUGGAUUUGGAUUAAAUCCCUCUGCUGCUUUGUCUGGUCAUGCACAAGGAAGCCUGUCUGAAGAAGAAAGUCUCCUCUUUUUUUUUUUUACUUUUUCUUUGGUUUCCUCCCUUGUGAGCUCGACAUUGCAUUUCUGUUUCAUUCUGGAAUUGGCUUUUGAUGGAUUCAUAUUUUAAUUUGAUCUUGCAGAAGAAAAUCUCGAAAUUAGGAAGAGUAGGAGAAAGAGACAUUUGAGCUCCCAUAGCUGCCAUGGCCAUGCCGUGGGGCUCGGCUAUCUACCUGAUGAAGAUGGUGUGGAUGAUUUUGAAAGGCUGGAUCUCUUCAUGUCUGAUGGUCGCUAAUGAGAUUGCUCGUGCGCUCAGAACUGGAGACAUUGGUCCACUUCCUGUUGGCUGACCGUCCCAGCCUUCCUAAGUGUUGAGGCUACUACCUCAAUUGGUAUUCUGCAUCAAGAUCUUGGGUACCAUACACCUUCACAUGCCUUGGGCAAAAAAAAAAUGAAAAUAAAAUUUAGUGAGCAGUAAGGGAUCAGUGCAACGACGAUACAGUAGCAGCAUGCUUCAAGCUUACUUAGCCCAAUGCCGAUGCCUACUAGCGCCUACCUUCUCGGCUCAUGGCCGAUCGGUACGCAUGAGAUCUCAAUAUGUUUAUAAUUUAUAACUCAAAGGUUUUUCAUUAUUUCUUGUCAAACAUUGUAAGAGAUUCGUUUGUCUGUCUUCGCAAUGAAAAGUUCUGCUUGUUAUGCUUGCUGUCUAACAUGGUGGAUCCUAUCACCUGUUCUUUGCCUAAGAAACAACAGGUUGCAUGUCAAUGACUUUAUGGUGCUUUUGGUUCACUAAUCAAGUAGAUAUUGGCAUUUUAAAAGGACUUGAUUCCUUGGUCACUUUGAGGCCUUAAAGAAGUGCAAACAUGUUAGGUAUGUCUAGAUAUCUAAUACUGAAAUUAUAUGUCCUCAUAAAAAACAAAAAGUUUGAGAUGAUGCCUGAUGGUGAUGAUAUGUCUACUUUUUUUUUGUUUUUUGCCUUUUUCCCCCUACUUUUCUAAUGCCCCCAUAUCUUUCCAAGAAUGAUUACCUAGAUUGUAGCAGCAUGUUUCCCGUUCGUGCUUUAGUUUCCAAAAGCUUGUUAUUGCUAUCCAACCAAAAACACCAGGCAAUAGUCACCAAUCAGGCAAUCUUCUACCAAGCAGAAGAACGUAUUUAUAUCUUGGCAAAGGCGGCUUCAUGAAGGGAAGGCAUUUUGUAGAACUUGCUAGUAGUGUGGGUUCAAAAGUUUAAUUCAUUCAGCAUGCUUAUAGAUUAUUGGUACACAGGCCAAAUUUGUUUUGAAACAUGAUAGGGAAGCUUUCCACAGUCCGCAUGAACAAUUUGGAGCAAAUUCCUGGGUUAUUUGAUGGAUUUUCCUGCGUCAUUGUAUUAUGUUUCUAGGUUACUCCGACAACUAUUUAUUGAUUUGCGGUGCCGUUCAUUCUUUCAAUU